UUUUUUUAUUGAAUAAGCCGGUAAACGAGCAAACGAAUCACCUAAUGGUAUGCAAUCGAUGUAGCCCAUGAACACCUGAAACACCAAUGGCGUUACAAGGGAUUAGGAAUUUGAGGAUUCUUGGGGAUUUAAGGAUUAGGGAGAUUGGGGAAGAGGGGGGUGAUUGGGCCUCCGGUAACCUCACUCACACGACAAAAUACACGCAAGUGUUGUUUCACGUCGGUUGUCUGUGAGGCCGUGGUAUCAAUCCACUCAAACCGGCUCAUUCGUGCCGAAUCACGGCUUUCCCAUACUUAAAAUUAA